ACGGCGCUGCUAGCCAAUGAAAUGCAAAGAGUGGGAGAAAAAAGGCCAAUAGCGAUAACGACUUGUAAAAUCAGGCGGGAUAUCAAAGUCUUGAAGAAUUACUCAUUGAAAGAAGCCAACAAGCUUGUUGAGUUGGGCUUGUUGGAGCUGUUGAGAAGUUACAGGGGUUAAACGAACAAGUUCACCAUUUUCUAUUUUUUCACGUGGACGCACAAACAGUCAAUCUCAAUGCAGGGCAGCUGCAAUGUGGAUUCAAGUGAGAACAAUGGAUGGCAAAGAAACCCACCGGGUGGAUUCGUUGUCCAAACUUACAAAGGUGGACGAGUUGCGUCUGAAGAUAUCGGACCUCUUCAAUGUGGAGCCGGAGAGACAGAGGCUGUUCUACCGUGGCAAGCAGAUGGAGGAUGGACACACAAUAUUUGACUACAACGUGGGCCUUAACGACAUAGUGCAAUUGCUUAUUAGACAGAACACACCCCUUGUUGAAGUUGCCAAAAACAAGGACAAAGAAGCUGAGCUUUCUGACUCUGAUUCUGGCUGCGGCUCAACCCAGGGUGAGUCUGACAAGAGCUCGACUCAUGGUGAGAUGGAGGUUCAGACUGCUAGUACCUCUGCCCAAACAAGCACCCCGGAGGUCCAGGAUCCCGGCUUCGGGUUUUACAAGGUUAAUGAAAUGGUGGAUGCAAGGGACUUGAAUAUGGGGGCGUGGUUUGAGGCCCAGAUUGUGAAUGUCACCAAGAGCCCCAAGUUUCCCAAAGAGGAUGUGGUUGAGAUGGAGGACGAACAGGAGGAGAUACUGUACCACGUGAAAUAUGACGAUUACCCAGAGAAUGGAGUGAUCCCGUUUCUGGCUAAGGAUGUACGCCCAAGGGCCCGGACUGUUCACCAGUGGCACGAGUUGGAGCCUGGUAUGAUCGUUAUGGUCAACUACAAUCCAGAUGAUCCGAAGGAGCGUGGCUAUUGGUAUGAUGCUGAAAUCCAGAGGAAAAGGGAGACGCGCACCGUGCGAGAGAUUUACGCUAAGAUUAUUCUAGGAGAUGCAGGGGACUCUCUCAAUGACUGCAGGAUCAUGUUUGUGACUGAAAUUUACAAAAUUGAGGAGCCUGGUUCUCAAAGUCCUAUACCGGCUGGAUCUGAGAGCCCACUGAAAAGAUUAAGUGGACCUGAGUGCAAGCGCUGCAAGGAUGAUCCUGAUAAAAACUGCCGCUGGUGUAAUUGUAACAUUUGCGGCAUCAAGCAAGAUCCUGACAAACAGCUUUUGUGUGACGAAUGUGACCUGGCCUAUCACACAUACUGCCUGAACCCACCACUCACCACCAUCCCAGAAGAUGAAGACUGGUACUGUCCAAAUUGCCGCAAUGACUCGAAUGAAGUUGUGCUCGCUGGAGAGAAGCUGAAGGAGAGUAAGAAAAAAGCUAAGAUGGCUUCUGCCAGCUCUUCAAGCCAGAGGGACUGGGGCAAGGGAAUGGCCUGUGUUGGUCGAACCACGCAGUGUACCAUUGUCCCAUCAAACCACUAUGGCCCAAUCCCUGGUGUUCCUGUUGGCUCAUUGUGGAAGUUCAGAGUUCAGGUUAGUGAGGCUGGCGUCCACAGGCCACACGUAGCUGGGAUCCACGGCAGGAGCAAUGAUGGUGCCUACUCUCUGGUCUUGGCAGGAGGCUAUGAAGAUGAUGUGGAUGAUGGGAAUGAGUUUACUUACACUGGUUCUGGAGGACGAGAUCUGUCUGGGAACAAGAGGACUGCUGAGCAAUCAUGUGAUCAGACACUUACCCACAUGAACCGUGCACUUGCUCUCAACUGCAAUGUUCCUGUCAAUGACAAGAAUGGUGCUCAGGCAAAGAACUGGAAGGAUGGGAAGCCAGUCAGAGUGGUUCGCAGCUGGAAGGGUUGCAAGCACAGUAAAUACUGUCCUAAGGAAGGAAACCGAUAUGACGGAAUUUACAAGAUAGCGAAGUACUGGCCUGCCAAAGGAAAAUCUGGCUUCUUGGUUUGGCGCUACCUCCUUAAGCGGGAUGACGAUGAGCCAGCACCAUGGAGCAGAGAUGGCAAGGAACGCAUCAAGAAGCUUGGUCUUGUCAUGCAGUAUCCUGCAGGUUAUCAGAAGGAGAAAGAAAACAAAAAUGAAGUGGAAGAAGAGGAGACUCCCAGCAAGGCAAAGAGAAAGAGAGAAUCUCAGAGCAGUGCAUCUCCAAAGAACUCGCCAGCCAAGAGUCCCAAGAAAGUGAAGGUGGAAAUUUACAAGUUGUCUGGAGAGCAGAAGGCACUCAUCAAGAAUGACACACAAAACAAGAAAGUGUGGGAUGAAGCCAUGGAGUCGCUGUCACUCGGCCCGAAAUUUCUGAACAAAGUUGAAGAGGUUUUCCUCUGCGUUUGCUGCCAAGAAGUGGUGUAUCGGCCCAUCACCACUGAGUGCCAACACAAUGUCUGCAAGGAAUGCCUUCAGCGUUCCUUCAAAGCAGAUGUGUACACCUGCCCGGCCUGCCGACAUGACUUGGGCAAAAACUACUCCAUGACUGUCAACAAGCCGCUGCAAGAGAUCCUAAAUCAGUUUUUCCCAGGUUACAGCAAUGGACGAUGAUCACAGGCUCCUGUGACUCAGCCAUGGUGGAAACAAUGCAAAAUGUAAGGGCAAAUUUCAGUUAGACAAAGAAUCCGUUUCUCUUAAUAUAUUUUUAUGAUUUAUAAAUUUGCCGUUUUUGUGGACUUUCAUGCUACUGUCUUCCAUGAUGGUUCUUCAAUGAUGUGUUGGUAAUGAAAUUUUUACUGUUAUUGCCUGUAUCCUUAAGGCAUUGCAACCUUAAAAUGUGAUUUUAUAGCUUUUGGUCUAGAUUUUGGUCCGUUAACUCAUACUUGUUAAUUCCACCCAGAAAGGCAUGUCAGACAGUGUAUUUUUUUUAAUUUUAUUAUUUUUUUAUUUAGCACUCCUUAAGAGAUGGUUAAGUCAUCUUAAGCUAUCUUCCCAAAUGUCCCCUUUCCCGCAAUUAUAACAAGGGUAAUUUCUUGCUCAUAAACUGGCUGUCGCACAUUUGAUCAGUUAGGCGUCUUCUACUUAAGGAUUUUUUUUCUUUUUAUAACCCCCCCCUCUUUACCUUGCAUUGCUUCUUUUUUUUCUUUCUUUCUUCCACCCUCUAAACCAAGUCCCAACUAGACCGGUUGUCCUGCCAGCAUAUAAAUGGCAAUUUGCUUUGACAAAAUCACAUAAUUGGAAUUGCACUAACAUGCAGAAUAAAUUAAGAUCUAUGUUUUGGAUUUCCAUCUACUGUAUUUUCAUUGAGUGGUGUUUAAGACUAUGUAUUUGGAUUCUUAGGAACAAGUUUAAUUCCAAAGAAAAGUGCUUAGAGUGUG